CACACACACACACGCAUACACACCUUCGCUGCUCCAGUGUGCUGGUCUGACCUACUACAGACAGUGCACCCUCUCCUCGCUCGGCUGUAUGCACUGCACUUGUUAUCGAAGCUGAGAUGAUUGAAACUUGAUCUGGACUUCUGGCUGUGUGAGGAAUAACCUUCCCCGCUGGAAGCUCUGGAUCCGGAGCUGCCAGGUCCCUUCUGUGCCAACACACAGGGAGGAUUUAGGGUUUGCUGCUCAAUGCUGGCAGCUGUCCAACGCUUCCACCAACGCUGCUCGGAAGUAACAACGGAAUAAAAAAAAAAAAAAACCUCUGUUUACACAGGCUCAUCACGCUACCUCUCUAUCCUUACCUCUCUGCUUCCUCUCUGUCUUGGCUUCUCAUUCUUUGACUCUGCCAUCUCACUCCCAUACUCUGUCCUCGUGUGAACCCAUAUUCCUUCAGCUCCUCUUCCCACCCAUACAGCCAUCUCAUAAUGAACUCUUCUACCUCCAUCACCUCGCUCUUCUCCUUCACCAGCCCAGCAGUGAAGCGCCUGCUGGGCUGGAAACAAGGCGAUGAGGAGGAGAAAUGGGCAGAAAAAGCUGUGGACUCUUUAGUGAAGAAAUUAAAGAAGAAGAAGGGAGCGAUGGAAGAGCUGGAGAGAGCCCUCAGCUGCCCUGGUCAGCCCAGCAAGUGUGUGACAAUCCCUCGGUCACUGGAUGGGAGGCUGCAGGUGUCCCACAGGAAGGGUCUCCCCCAUGUUAUCUACUGUCGGGUGUGGCGGUGGCCUGACCUGCAGUCCCACCAUGAGCUCAAAGCCCUGGAAUGCUGCGAGUUCCCCUUCGGCUCCAAGCAAAAGGACAUCUGCAUCAAUCCAUACCACUACAGGCGGGUGGAGACUCCAGUGCUGCCACCAGUUCUGGUCCCACGCCACAGUGAGUUCAACCCUCAACACAGUUUACUGGCCAAGUUCAGGAACGCCUCCCUGCACAACGAGCCUCUGAUGCCGCAGAACGCCACCUACCCAGACUCGUUCCCCCCUCUGCCCUGCUCCUCCUUCUCCUCCUCGCCCUCUUCCUCCCUCGCCCAGUCUCCCACCUCACAGAGCUACCCCAACUCUCCCAAUAGCACCGCAGAGCCUGGCAGCCCUUACCACAUCACAGCGGAGACUCCCCCACCUCCAUACAGCAUUAUGGAGACAACCCCUCAAGAAGAUGUGAAGCCCAGCAACUCCUCACAUACCAAGCUCACACUUUCCACUCCCCACAGAGAAUUACGGCCGGUGUGUUACGAGGAGCCAGAAUACUGGUGCUCUAUAGCGUACUAUGAGCUCAACAACCGAGUGGGGGAAACAUUCCACGCCUCGUCCCGCAGCGUCCUGGUAGAUGGCUUCACAGACCCAUCCAACAACAAGAACCGCUUCUGCCUCGGCCUCCUGUCCAAUGUUAACCGCAACUCCACUAUCGAGCACACACGCAGGCACAUAGGCAAAGGUUUGCACCUGUACUAUGUAGGUGGUGAGGUGUAUGCAGAGUGUUUGAGCGACAGCAGCAUCUUCGUCCAGAGCCGCAACUGUAACUUCCAGCACGGUUUCCAUGCUACCACUGUGUGUAAGAUCCCCAGCGGCUGUAGCCUUAAGAUCUUUAACAACCAGCUGUUUGCCCAGCUCCUCUCCCAGUCUGUCAACCACGGCUUCGAGGUCGUCUACGAGCUCACCAAGAUGUGCACCAUCCGCAUGAGCUUUGUCAAGGGGUGGGGUGCAGAAUACCAUCGUCAGGAUGUGACCAGCACCCCCUGCUGGAUCGAGGUGCAUCUGCACGGACCUUUGCAGUGGCUGGACAAGGUCCUGACACAGAUGGGCUCCCCGCACAACCCAAUCUCCUCAGUGUCCUAACACAAACACACACUCUUAUCGUGUGUUGUUGGUCCUACACAGGUAGUCGUAGAUUCUGUCUGUACUGCUACUUCCAGGUUUUCUGUCCUACCUUCUUGUCAUCUCAUACAAAUUUACUGUGGUUCUAAAAAUGUCACAAAGUUAUCCACGGCUUUGUCCUGUCAUGCCCUUGUCAGCUGCAACACCCAAAAACAGGUGUCGUUGAAUUUCAUUUUGCCAAUUUACAGCCUGUACAGUUACAACAGGGAAGUGUUCCUUUAUUUCAGUAAAGUUACGAUACAGCAUUUAUUCUCUUUCCAUUGGGAUGUAUUAACUGCACUCCAAUAAAAGGAAAAAUGGGAUUUACAUAUAGGUACUAAAAAGACUCGUGUUUAAAUGUUAUGUUAUUAGUAUGUAUUUCCAUGUGUUGAUCUUAUAUACUUACUAAUGUUUGCCUUCAUGUACUAAUUGCUUUUUACUUGUUCAAUUAAAGUUUCUCAAAG